AUGGCAAGCCCCGGCUCCGGCUUCUGGCCCUUCGGGGCCGAGGAGGGCUCCGCGGCCGCCGAGAGCCCCGGCACAGCGAGAGCUUGGUGUCAGGUUGCCCAGAAGUUCACGGGAGGAAUCGGCAACAAACUCUGCGCCCUGCUCUACGGAGACGCGGAGAAGCCCGCGGAGACGGGCGCCAAGGCGGCGCCGGGGGCGGCGGAGCAGCGGCCGACCUGCACCUGCAACCAGAAACCCUGCAGCUGCCCGAAAGCGGACGUGAACUACGCGUUUCUGCACUCAACAGAUCUUCUGCCAGCAUGCAAUGGAGAAGUAACAACUCUGUCUUUCCUACAAGAUGUUGUGGACAUUUUACUUCAGUAUGUGGUGAAAAGUUUUGAUAGAUCAACAAAAGUUAUUGAUUUCCAUUACCCAAAUGAGCUGCUCCAGGAAUAUAACUGGGAACUGGCAGAUCAGCCACAAACCUUGGAAGAAAUUUUAUUGAACUGCAGAACAACUUUGAAAUAUGCAAUUAAAACAGGACAUCCUAGAUAUUUUAAUCAACUUUCAACUGGAUUGGACAUGGUUGGAUUGGCAGCAGACUGGCUGACAUCAGCAGCAAAUACUAAUAUGUUCACCUAUGAAAUUGCUCCAGUGUUUGUACUUUUGGAAUAUGUCACACUAAGGAAAAUGAGAGAGAUGGUUGGAUGGCCAGGGGGCUGUGGCGAUGGGAUUUUUUCACCUGGUGGUGCCAUAUCUAACAUGUAUGCUAUGUUGAUUGCACGUUUCAAGAUGUUCCCAGAAGUUAAAGAAAAAGGAAUGGCAGCUAUUCCCAGACUGGUUGCCUUCACAUCAGAACAUAGUCACUUUUCUGUGAAGAAAGGAGCUGCAGCCUUGGGUAUUGGUACAGAUAGCGUGAUUCUGAUUAGGUGUGAUGAAAGAGGGAAAAUGAUCCCAUCAGACCUUGAAAGAAGAAUUCUUGAAGCCAAACAAAAAGGGUUUGUCCCUUUCCUGGUGAGUGCCACAGCUGGAACAACAGUGUAUGGGGCAUUUGAUCCGCUCAUAGCUAUUGCAGACAUCUGCAAGAAAUACAAAAUCUGGAUGCAUGUGGAUGGAGCGUGGGGUGGCGGGCUGCUGAUGUCAAGGAAACACAAAUGGAAGUUAAAUGGUGUUGAAAGGGCCAAUUCGGUGACCUGGAACCCACACAAGAUGAUGGGCGUCCCGCUGCAGUGUUCAGCCCUGCUGGUAAGAGAAGAGGGGCUGAUGCAGAGUUGCAAUCAAAUGCAUGCUUCCUACCUCUUUCAACAAGACAAGCACUACGACCUAUCUUACGACACUGGAGACAAGGCUUUGCAAUGUGGACGGCAUGUUGAUGUCUUCAAGCUAUGGCUGAUGUGGAGGGCAAAGGGAACCACAGGAUUUGAAGCACAAAUUGAUAAGUGCUUGGAGCUUGCAGAGUACCUAUAUAAUAAAAUAAAGAACAGAGAAGGGUAUGAAAUGGUGUUUGAUGGAAAGCCUCAGCACACAAACGUCUGCUUCUGGUAUAUACCUCCCAGUUUGCGCAGUAUGGAAGAUAACGAAGAAAGGAUGAGCCACCUUAUGAAGGUAGCCCCGGUGAUAAAAGCCAGGAUGAUGGAGUAUGGAACAACCAUGGUGAGCUAUCAGCCUCUGGGAGACAAAGCGAACUUCUUCCGGAUGGUCAUCUCAAACCCAGCAGCAACUCAUCAAGACAUCGAUUUCCUGAUUGAUGAAAUAGAACGUCUAGGACAAGAUUUAUAA